AUGGAGUUUCAUCUCGGCUCCGUCUUGGUGAUUGGGGGCUGUGGAUUAGUCGGACACACUCGAUACGUCAAUGGCAGCAUUUCUUCCAAGCAGGAUGUGCUCACCGCCCUGAAAGAGUCCAAAACCGAUGUCAUCAUCAAUACGGCGUCCCCAAACUCACUUAUUGCCAGCAAGCAUCUACUCGAAGAAGUCAACAUCACAGGCACCCAGAACGUCCUCGACUGCGCUAUGGAGUGCGGCAUCAAAGUCUGCGUGCACACCUCCAGCUCUGAAGUAGUGCAGAAUUCCUACGACGACAUCAUCUGGGCGAACGAGACGUGGCCACUUCCAGAGUGUCCAGUCGACGGGGGCGUCUAUGCCAGAACCAAGAAGAUUGGGGAGGACUUAGUUCUCAAAGCCAACGGCAAGAAUGGCCUCCUCACUGCGGCAAUCCGCUUGUCCACCGUCUUCGGCGAAGACGACCAAUUCCGCGUCGGCACUGGCAAGAAUCUCUACGAUUUCAUCUACGCUGGGAAUGCCGCAGAAGGGCACAUUCUGGCCGCCAAGAAGCUCGUGGAGGCAUCUCUGUCAAAGGAACCAGUUCCGAAGGAGUCCCGCGUGGAUGGCGAGGCUUUCUUCUUGACCAACGGCGACCCGUGGCCAUUCUGGGACUUUUCUCGCUUUGUCGCGGCCGAGAUUGGUCUCCCAAUCGCCGACAAGGAUCUAUGGUUCAUUCCGUUGGGCAUUGCUAUCUUUGUGCUCUCUCCAAGCAUCACGACGCGAAUGCUCAAGUACACGGCUGAGGUCCGCACCUUCGAUAUUACAAAAGCAAAGCAGCGGCUGGGAUAUCGCCCCCGCGUUGGCAUGGAAGAAGGGAUCAAGCGCGCCGUCGCCUCGGCCCUGUCCAGAUCCAACACUUCCGAACAGAAGAAGUCCACUUGAAGAGAAUGCACGUCCGGCAUAGGCACAGCAAGGAGUGGGCAGGCGCUGAUGCAUGUCGGGGAGGACAGAAUCCGAGAAUAUGGGGUCGCAGGGCAAACUUGCUGCUAGGCUGUAAGGAGAGUGACACAACCGAGAUGCUUGGGAGACCGCAGUAGUGCAUGAUUUGGGCGCCCUUAAUGAUAACAGCUGGUACGAGUGC